UUGAUCUUUUUCUAUUUUUUUUUUUGUGAGGAUUUUUGUUUGUUUUUUUACUUGCAUGACCAAUUCAUUGAACUGGUCUUUUUUAUUUUAUUUAUGUAAGCUUUUAGAAAUAUAAUUUCCCCCCUAAAUAGUGUUUUGGCUGCACCCCAUAAAUCUUUGUAGGUUGUCUCAUUGUUAUCAAUCUCCUUAAUGAAAUUACUGAUUGUUUCUUUGACUUAUUCUUUGACCCACUUAUUUUUUAGGAUUAGGUUGUUUAGUUAACAAUUAAUUUUUAUCUUUUAAUUACCCAUUAUUGAAUGUAAUCUUUAUUGAAUUAUUCUCUGAAAAGGAUGCAUUUAACAUUUCUACAUUUCUGCAUUUAAUUGUGUUUUUUAUGCCCUAGUAGUCACUUUUUGUUUAAGUUCCAUAAAUCAUUUAGUAAAAAGUGUACUCUUUUCUAUUUCUAUUCAAUUCAGAGGUUUUUAAAUUUAACUUUUCUAAAAUUCUGUUCACCUCCUUAACUUAUUUCUUAUUUAUUUUUUGUUAUCUAGUUCUGAAAAGUGAAAGUUGAUAUUCCCAGUAGUAUAGUUUUAAUAUUUCCUCUUUAGCUUACUUAACUUCUUCAGUGAGCUUUUGUACCUCCUUUUCCAUUUGACCAAUUCUACUUUGAAUUUUUAUACAUCAUCUUUUUUUUUCCAUUACCAAGCCGUUAACUCUUUCAUGAUUCUUACAUCACUCUCAUAUCUUUCCCCAAUUUUCUUCUAAUUCUCUCUUUUUUAUUUUAAAAAUCUUUUUUGAGCUCUUCUAGGAUUUUUUUUUUCAGUUCAGUACCAAAUCACUUUUUUUCCAUAUAAGGAUUCAUUUAUGGAUGUUUUGACAUUGUUUUCUCUUUUGACUUUGUGUUUUGAUUUUUUCUGUCAGCUUAAUAACUUUCUAUGGUGAGAUUGUCCUCCUCCUCUUUCUCUUCUUGUUUCUCUUUUCUCUCAUCUUUAUUUUCUUUCUUUUUUUUCCUCCCAACUGCACUAUUACAUAGGAGCCUCUAUUUCAUAAUUUUAAACUUUGUGCUAAUGUUGGGCUCUGUUUCUGGGGUGAAAGGAGACCUGUCACAAGCUUAUGGAGUUAGAGGAUUAGGGCUUCAUUUUUGGACUGUUCAGGGGCAUGGGACUUUGCUUCUAUCUUGCUGGAGCAUGGCUUGUGUUGACUUGCCUGGAUAUCAUUUACACUGGACUGUGCUUCACUUUUUAUUCAGAAUCAGACCUUUCCUGCUGAUUUUCUAAGUUGUUGUAGGCUGGAAAAAAAGUUUCAUCUUACCCCUCUGUUUGUUCUGUCACUCCAAAAUUAAUUUUGAGGUGUUAUUUUAUAGUUGUUUGGAGGUGAAUUUCAGAAAAUUCAGUCAAGUUCUUGCCUUCCUCAUUCAUCUUGGCCAAAGGGCCUUUUUGUAAUUUAUUUUGCUAAAUAUUUUCCAAUUACAUUUUAAUCUGAUUCAGGCCUGACAGUUGUGGACAGUAUGUAUUUGAUCCUUCUUCUUAGGACCUUUCUGCCAGAGGUGUGGUAUGGUGUGGUUAUAGUUGUAUUUUAGAAUUCCUGCCACAUAGCUUUAGAUCAUUUUCCUCUAAAAUGAAGGAAAACUUUCUCCAAGAUUUGUCCAAUUUUCCUUCCUGCAUCCUAAAAUUUAUUAAGACUUCUGCUCUCUACCAAAAGUGAGAAAACUAUUUUUCUUGCUACUCUAUGCUUUGGCUAUUUUUGAAGCAAAACAAAACAAAACAAAACUUACAAAAUGUCCAGUAACUAUCUUUCCAAGCAGUGGCUAUAGAUUUUGCAAAAUAUGGAAUUCUACAAAACAAAGAACUUGAGUAGAUAGUGAUUAGCUAGGAGAAUUAGAAGGAAAAGCAAGAUGAUGAUAGGAGGUGUUGAAUAGUCAUCAAAACUCUGAAAAAAAUUGUAAGAAGUUUGUACUCUCAGGAUAAGAACAGAGUAGUUUCCUAAGUAGGCUGCUGAAGAUGUUGCUGCCCAUACCUCCGUGGACAAAGGAAAAGUGAACUAACCCUAACAACAAAAACUAGCAAUCCUUCCAAUCAACAUUCUCCUGCCAAACACUGCUUCUAAAGAUGCUGUAAUGAAAAGGCAACUCCAGAAGAACCGCAGACGGGUCCUUGUUCACGUUUCCUUCAGCCUCAUCAUCUAUCUUCUUUUUGGAUGUCGAAUUUAGAUUGGAUAUUCUGCUUGGGGGCAUUGACCCCUCCCUUCUUGCUUCUAGUUCCUGAGAAUGGCCCUGGAAAAAUGGUGUGACUAAUUCCCUGAGUUUCAUAGAUGUCAUUUUCUUCUUCCCUUCCUCUUUCCUUUCUUUCUUCUUUCCCUUCUUUUCUUUCUUUUUUUUUCCCUUUCAAAGGCACUGAGGCUAAAUAGGAACCUCUAGACUUCGUUUGAAGACUUAGGCUCCUGCAUCUUUGUCUCUGUGCAUGUUUGUUUCUUCACUGUCUCACUUGUAUCAAAGCUUCUUACUUUUACGCCUUGGGUCCGCUGCGGAAAGCUUCCUGAUCUGAAUUGGUCUUUGUAAAGUCUUUCUGCUGCUCAUUGUUCUGGAGAAGUAAUAGGAUAAAGGAAAGGUUUGGAAGAGUGGUCAGGAGCUUGAGGUGGGAGAAGCCUGAAGGGAAAAGUGAUGGCCAUCCACUUUCACAAAGGAUAUAGCGGCAUAGACUAGAAUUUCCGUAGUUUCCCCGGAGAAUCGUGAAAAGUUUCCGCGGGGGGCCUUGGAAAUUUAGGAGAGAGAGGGCCCUCCAAAUAUAAUUUAGCAGUCGUAGGAAAAGAGUUAUAACGGACAAAUCUCAUUAUUUGGAAGUGUGUAUGGGUGGAUGAGGAGAUAAUUAUUAGUGUGUAAGCUUCAAGUAAGCUUAAGAUUGAAGAAAAUUAUCCCUUCUUUAAAGUGUCUGGAAGCUUAACUCCCUGGAGCAGUAUCCCUCUAGUUGCAGGACUGGGGGAAGGCUCACUUCACCGUUAGCCCCGCUUCUUUUCCCAUCACUCAGCAACGCGCUUCGGAAGCAUUUACAAAAGCUGCCGAGAGAAAGGAGAAACCUCCCUAGCGCGUUCUCUAGCUCCCGGGGGAAGGGAGCCGCAGCCCGGAGGAAGAACGUGGUGUGUAGGUGAUGGCGGACGUGUUUAGCGGGAGGAUCCUUGUCAACAAGGAUGGAGACACGGUGGAGCCCGAGGACGUGCUUCAGAACAAGGUGGUGGGAUUGUACUUCUCGGCAGGCUGGUGCUCCCCUUGCAGGGACUUCACUCCGCUCCUCUGCGACUUCUACACGGAACUAGUGGAAGAGACCCAUCCGCCAGCGCCCUUCGAAAUAGUCUUUAUCUCCUCUGACCGCAGCCCGGAGGAGAUGGUUGAUUAUAUGCACGACAUGCACGGGGAGUGGUUGGCCCUGCCUUUUCACGACCCUUUCAAACAUGAUUUGAAGAAGAAGUAUAAUAUCACAGCCAUACCUAAGUUGGUGGUGGUGAAACAGACGGGAGAGGUUAUCACUGACAAAGGAAGGAAACAAGUUAGAGAACAAGGACUCUCCUGCUUCCAAAACUGGCUGGAAGGAGCCAAUAUCUUUCAGAAUUUUUCUUACUGAAUUUGGAACUAAUGGCAUAGAAGGCAAUAAGAGACGUUAGGGUGUAAUCUCACUCCGUUUUCUUAGUUCUGAAGAUUAUUCUUAUCAUAAUGAAGGCAAAAGUAAAGUUUAAAAAUACUAAUUUUCCAUUAUUUAUUAGUAUUUGUAUUAUUGUAUUUCAUGACAGAGGCAGUAGGAAUGAGUAUUAAGUAAAUUUUUCUCAGGAAAAAUAUCUCCCCUAUUCUGAUUAUGUAGGCUUUUAAAAAUUAUUUUUGUUAUUCUUAGCGUAAUUCUGUUAAUGCUUAAUGACUCAUCCCUGAGAGAUAGCUGAUUGGAUAGACUAGUAUGUCAGUCUUGAAAAUCUAUGCAAAAAUUGACUUGUGUAGGUCUGUUCAGUAAAGCAAUAUAUUUCUUCAUAGAAAUAUACAGAUUUCUGCUUAUUAAUCUAUUUUAAUGAUACAAAAUGACAGCUAUAUUAAUAAAGUUUAUAGUUUGCUUUAAUAAACAAAUCUAUUUCUGUAUUAUAUGUCUCUAAUUAUUCCCUUUAUAAUUUCAAGCAAAUGACAUCAGAGAGUAAUUGAAUAAAUGAAUUCCCCACACUGUAUUGCCACAUUCUUCCUAAAGACCAUAUAUUCUUUCUUCUCUUGAAAUGUCUUCUUUCCCUUUGUCUUUUUCUGAAAUUUUGAAUAAUCAAUAAUCCUACUGUUUUAAUAUUACUAUGUUUUGAAACUAGAAAGCACUUGAUAUUUUAGGCAUCUUUCAACAUCCACACUGUCAAUAUAUAAAAAAAAAAAAAAUUAAGUGCCUAAUCCUCCUCCUUCCUUUUUUUCUCUUCCCACUGGAACUUUGGGUUCUGAGAGCCAAGGCUCUGAUAGAUAAACCUUAUCUUGACCCAAAUAAGGAUUCGCUUAUCACUUCUCAAAUACCAUUUCAAACUUUUAUACUCUCCCUUUCCAGAUGUCCUUUAUGUGUUGUCUUCUUUUGUUAAAAGUUAAGCAUAUUAAGGACAGAAACUCUCUUGCUUAUGUUUGUAGUCCCACAGCUUAGCACAGUGACUGACAUAUAGUAAAUACUUAAUAAAUAGACUCUUAAAAAAUAAAAAAAACAAAAUAAAACAAAACUCCGUCUCUCAUUUGUGUGU